AUGAAGACGCUUCAUGAGCUCUUCAUCGGCUAUCCACCCAAUGUCGGCCACAUCCGCACCUUCGGCUGCAAGGCACACAUCAACCAGAGGAAAGAGACGAUUGGUAAGAUGAACCCUCGCACGCAGAUCGGCAUCUUACUUGGGUAUGACCCAGCGAUCAAGGACGGCUAUCUGUUGUACCUGCCGCACACACGGCAAUUGGUGCUGUCACGCAAUGUGGUAUUUGACAAGGCGAUACUGCCUGGACAAGAGAUUGACAAGGCGAUACUGCCUGGACAAGAGAAAAAGCCACGAGCACCAUCAGCAAUCGAAUUCAUCUACCCACAAAAACCCGCGGCAUCUCUGAGUGAGCCCUUAUCAGCAAUCGAAGACAUAUACGACGACAACAAUGAACCACAUCAGCAUCAGGAGACAAAUGACGCCCAAAAUGACAGUGGCCAAGAGGGGGAGGAAGACACUGCUGAGCAACAAAUAAGAACAACAAGAAUAAAGGAUGAGCGACGCAUCCCUGGACGCGUCUAUGAAGACCAAUUCUUUGAUCAUCCUGACCUGCUCUUUGUGAAUGAAGAUGGCGAGAUGACAGAAGAUCCAUCGAACGACAACAAGACCGCAGAUGACCCAUCACUUCCACAGCUAUUUCACCCAACCAUACCGAAGACCUAUAACCGAGCAAUCAAGUUAGCAGCAGCAGACCAAUGGAAAGAAGCCAUGGAUCGUGAGAUGAAGUCGAUUGAAGACCUGGAAGUGUUUGAGUAUGUGCCGGAGAAAGCCGCAACGACCAAAAUCAUCUCAUGCAAAUGGGUAUUUGCUCUCAAGCCUGACAAGUACAAGGCCCGCAUCGUCGCAAGAGGAUUUGAACAAGACGGCAACCAAGUGGAUGACGUGUUUUCUCCUACGUCCUCCUACCACGUUGUUCGAUCAGCGUUUGCCCUGGCGAAUCAAGUAUCAAGUCAACCUGGAGAUACAUCGGAUGGACAUCAACACAGCAUUCCUCAACGCCUCGCUGGACGAGCCUCUCUCUAUCUGGUGCCCACAUGAAUAUGAGAAGUCCGGCCAUGUUGUUCGUCUACGGAAGGCAUUGUAUGGCCUCAAGGAAGCCCCGCGCGCAUGGAACAUCACCUUUUACAACCAACUAUACGACAGGGGGUUCGUUUGCCAUCCUCAGGAGCUCUGUGUAUACCUGCACAAGGACAACAACAUCCUUCUUGUGGUGUUCGUCGACAACCUUUCCAUCGUCAGCGAACAAGAGGGGGUCACCUGA